AUGGAAUCCCUCUCAGACACCCUAUGGGAUGUAGUGAUCAGCGGCACUGGGCUACAACAGUCCCUCCUCGCCCUAGCUUUGUCGCGUUCAGGCAAAAACAUACUUCAUGUCGAUCCCAACCCCUUUUAUGGCGGUAGCGAAGCCGCUUUCAGUCUCCAAGAGGCUGAUGAAUGGGCGGAAAAGAACCGAUCUGCUGAUGCCUCUCGGUUGUUCUCUGCUGCGGAAGCGAAGCGAGAUGAAGACGCCUUGGGUUCAGCGCGGGCCUACAGCUUGGCUCUUGCGCCCCAGCUGAUACACUCACGGUCACAGCUGGUCACCCAGCUCGUCGAUUCGAAAGCGUUCCGCCAAAUCGAGUUCCUUGCUGUUGGCUCUUUCUACAUUUAUCGGUCCUCUUCGGAUUCGACGACUGUACCCUCGCUCAGUCGGAUACCCUCGACCCGCGAAGACGUUUUCUCCGACAAGUCCAUUCCAGCCCGGUCCAAGCGGUCCUUGAUGAAGUUCCUCAAGUUUGUGCUUGAUUUCAAUUCCGAACCUCAAAUCGAUACGUGGCAGCCACAUGCUGAUGAGGAGCUGGCACAGUUUUUGGCUUCUGAGUUCAAACUUGAUGCGACUCUGCAGUCCUACAUCAUCACACUGACUCUGAGCCACGAUGGCAAGAUAUCAGUCAAAGACGGAUUGACUGCAAUCAGUAGACAUUUGACCUCAAUGGGUGUCUUUGGUCCUGGCUUUGCUGCAGUCUAUCCUAAAUGGGGUGGGCUAUCAGAGGUAGCUCAAGUGGGCUGCCGAGCCGCUGCUGUUGGCGGUGCAAUCUAUAUGUUAGGUUCUGGCAUUAAGGACUUGCAGCGGCCUGAGUCCGCCGGAGGCGAACCUCCCCUUGAGCUUUCGUUUACGAACGAUAUUGAUGUCAAGGCCAAAUUGGUGAUUCAAGGUGCCGAAACAACUGACCCCGAUGGUCCUCGGAUCAGUAGGCUCACAGCAGUGACAAAGUCGAACAUGUCUUCGCUAUUUGAAAUACCUACCGACGGCGCUCCCGUGCCUGCGGUUGCUGUGGUCGCCUUCCCAGCAGGGUCGGUCCCCGAGGGUGAAAGCUCUUCGGAGUUCCCAAUCUAUGCCAUGGUACACUCAAGCGACACUGGGGAGUGUCCUUCUGGACAAUUUGUCAUAUAUCUCACUACCGUUUGUACCCCGUCUGCGAAAACGGUUUUAGAGAAAACCCUAUCUUCCCUUUUGUCUGCUGUCUCGAAUGGUCAAGACGUGGCUUCGCCCGUUUACCAGCUAUACUACGAACAGGGCGACGGAACAAAAUCCUUGAGCAUUGACGGAAACAUUGCUACGUUCUCUACCACACCACAGGGUCUCGCAUUCGAUGACUCCAUUCUAGACACUGUCCAUGAGGCUUGGGAGUUUGUCAACUCUGGAUCCGCCGAUGCUCUCGAAUACAUGGCAUUUGAGGAUCGAGAGCCUGGAUCAGAUGAUGAGUUCUACGAAUAG